CACAAAGCGAACUUUUACAUACUUUUGUUAAUAUUCUUCCAACCUUUGUAUAAACUGAGUGUGCAAAGACACAUUUCAAGCACACCUUUAGUUAGAUAGUUUUGCUUUUUUCGAAUGUGAAAUAAUUCAAAUGGAUAAACGAAUGCUUACCACGACUAGAGCCGUGUUGGUGGUCCCUAGAUCAGCCUCACCGGUUCGCCAACGGGAGGAGACACUCGACGAACCGGAAGAAUCCGAGAGACGUCCGAGCGUCAAACUGACCGCCGCCGCGAUGAGCACCGUAUUGACAUCGGUCAACAAGAUGCAGAUGUUUCGUCAACGUACGCAAGCAGCGAAAGGCAAUAUCACAAAGACUACACCGUUACGAAGAUUCACACCUUUGGAAGUACAGCAUGAACUUGAACAAAUAUUAGAAUCCACGCUCAAAGGAGUAAUGUACGACCCCAAACACGCGAGCGUGCUGACUAUGACGUUGUCCGACGCCGUCAAAAGCAAGGUCAAGUCCAUGAAAUUCCCACGAUAUCGGCUAGUGUCCCUGGUUACAAUAUGCAGCCAAUCACGUCAGAGUAUGAUGAUGGGAAGUCAGUGUGUAUGGAACUCCGGUACGGACACGUAUGCUACCGCCGUUUACGGUAACGCUUCGCUCCUCGCCGUAGCUACGGUGUUUGCCGUGUUCAAGGAUUGACGUAAAUGCAUAUAAACAUUUUUACGUUCGCGGCUAAUAGAUACUAUGAUCCUCAAUUAGCUCAUGGUUAGUGAAUGAACAUGUUUCCUUGACCUAGAUGUUGACACAGGAGAGGUGUACAUACAUGUCAGUUUUAGUGUGUUAAAUCGAGGUUAUACAUGAUUAUA